CAACUACUUGAUUCCUAUGUUACUUGUGGCCCUUUAGAUCUGCAGGAGCGUAGCUGAAUCUAGACUUCUCUAUCAAGAUUUGCAGUUUUAACUUCUCUUGUGUGUGUGACAAAAAAAAAAAAAACUUCUCUUGUGUAAAAGGUUCAUGAACAGCGAUAGUUUCCUCAAGAAGUUGUAGUCAGAUUGUUCAUCCUCGUUAGCUCUUCUAUCAAUUUUAAGGAGUGAUUGAAGUUUUGGCCCUUUUCUGAUGGUAAUAUUGAUUAGUUAAUUCCUACAGAAAGCAGCAAAGAUGGCACAGUGUUCUGAGAACGUUAUCCCAACUCUACGUGAUUUCUUCAACUCCCAAAAGCCAGGGGAAGAGGAUGAGUUUAUGUUUCAUCAGGUCCUCAACUCCUCUUGCAAGAACAUUCCACCAAGACCUACAAAACCUGGAAACAAGGCGAAAGAGAGACAUGGUUUCUUCAAUCAGGGAAGAAGCAGAAGAAGAAACAUAUCAGAUGCUGAAAAGUUCUAUGUGGAGCAAUAUUCUUCUAGUGGUUUCUUUGGGGUACGGUUCACAACAAACGGAAGACAACAACAACAACAACAACAACAACAGCAACGGUCAGCUAAGCCUUUAGGGUCAGAUAAAAACAUGGAACCGAGAUUGCAAAAGUCAUUCUCUGCUAGAAUUCAACUCCCCUUUAUGCAAUCUUCAAAGCCAAGCAACCAGUCUUCUUCUAGUUCAAGCUGGUUUAGCCGUAUCAAGAAAAUGCCCAAUCCAUUUUCAAAUCGUAACCCUCUGAUACCAAAGUCAGGUGAAAUCAAGGUCAGUGGAGGAGAAAAAACACUCUCAAGAAACAAGUCUUCUUCGCCUGUUCAUCUACAUGCCCGUCUCAGUAUUCAAUAUGAACUUGGGAUGCCUGUUUUCACGUUCUCUCUAAACCACCCGGAUGAUGUGUAUAUGGCUAGGACAUGGAUGGAUGAUAAUGACUCUAGGUUCAUCUAUUCAUUUCGCUACAUUGGUGGUAGAAGCUAUAAACAUCUAGGAGAACAGCGGUUGAAUGUUUCAGGUACAGACUCUUCACUUAUAGGACAGAUGCAAGUUUCAACUCAAGUCUCAUUAGAGAUAGAAGAACCAUACGAAAAUCCUGUGGAAUCAACUAUGUCAGAAUUCGUCCUUUUUGACAUCGCACGUGCUCGAAGAAGUGGCUUAAAGCAUGAACAACUGUCAAGACAGAACAGUUUUAGACGAGGAUUGGACACAGAAAGAGAGAACAGAGUAUCUGAUGGCUCAAAUGACUCAAACCUAAAGCUGCCAAGGCAGAACAGUUUCAGCAGAGGAUUGACUCGUAGUUUCUCAAAACAUUCAGAGAAUAGUGCAUCAUCAUCAUAUGAUCCUUGGCCGGCUACAGAGUUACAUCCAGGUCUAGAGAUUGCAGCAAUUGUUAUUAGAGACUCUUCUUCUUCUAGCAAUGAGAGUUUUGAGUACAUGAAAAACAGCAAACUCUCUAGACGAGAGAUGAAAGUUAUAGUUCCAACAGGAAACCACGGUUUGCCUGAUGCUGAAAAAUCAUGCCCUACACCGAUACUACAGAGAUGGAGAUCAGGUGGAGGAUGUGACUGUAGCGGAUGGGACAUGGGUUGUCACCUUUUUGUCUUAGAAGAACAAGAACUCAUCAACAAUCACCACGGUUUGGAGCUUUUCAUUGAGGGAGAGAAGGAGAUCACACCAGCAAUGACAAUGGUAUUCAUCAGAGAAGGACAUUACGAGGUAAACUUCCAUGCAAAGCUUUCAGCAUUACAAGCGUUCUCAGUAUGUGUCGCUGAGCUGCACAGAACUGAAGUAUCUAGAGGAGAAAGAAGCAACUCUUUGUCUAGAUGUAGUUCACUUAGAGAGCUUAUCGACAUGGCAACUCCGGUGAACAGAGAAGAAGUCAUGUCGUCGUCUUUCAUGCCUAAUGUCACUUUCUCUCCGAUUUCAAGGGUCUAAAAAACAUAUCAGAAAGUAAUAUCUUCGUGUCAUCCUUCCUUAUGUGCAUAUAUCUAGACUAUAAGAUACAUCUGUGAUAAAUUUGCAGAUGAAAUAAGUAAAAUUUAGAAUUUUAGAAGCUGGUCCACCGUUUGUUUCAAAUUAUACUAUCACCUGUUUUAUAAUAUGUACUGUCUUAGAAUUUCAUAAGAAAAUGUUAAAUUGUAUCAAUGUUAUAUUGUAGCCUCAAUGUAGGUGUUACAAAAAAAAGAGAGAGAUAAUAUUAUCGAUAUUUUC